UAAACAAACAGCAAUUCCAGAUAAGAGAGCUCGAUAUAAAAACGACGUAAUUUAUGCAGCAAGUUUUAAGUUGUCGAAGUUAUUUGCUGGAAAGUAGUGCGGCUGAGGACACGCACAACCACAAACCUAUUUCACUGCAAAUAGGUAACGGAAAGUAAUAAGGAUUAGGCACAUAAAAUUUCACAAUCAAAGUCAAACUUAAAAUGCCAGUGAAAAACAAAAAAUAUCUAAUUUUCCUUAUUUUCGCUGCGCUAUUUGCUGCCUCCGAGACAUUGCCAGUAUUGGAUACUUCGUCAGGCAUAGACAACUCAACGAUUGAGGAAUUACAAGCGAGUGUCAAUGAUACGCCAAAGAAUCUUUAUGUUGUUAAGGCUGUUGUGUACGAAAUUGGAAUUUUAACGGAAGUGGACGAUAAUGAAACCAGUUUUGAAAGCCAAGAACGCGUGGAUUUGACCUUCUAUGAUGCACACUCCAACCAGAGUCAUAUCAACCUCGGUGAUGUGCCUUUGCCAAUCCAAACGAACAUUUCCGGACAAGUACUUACCGGCAUAGCGCCCGUCAAUAUUGGCGCAUUCAGCAGCCCAUUGGAGCUUUUACAAACGUUGCCACUAACCGGGACCAUAGUCAAUAUAACGCAUAGCAACACGGCGUAUUAUCAACUCACUAAGUCAAAUGCCAGUGACACGUUAAAGCCACAUGUAACCAGUGUUGAAGAAUUAACAAAUGUGUCUGACCUCUUUCCAGUAGUUAGCGAGGUGCCACUACAACACCCACUUGCAACUAGCGAAGCGGCGGCAAAUACUGUAAAUAGUUAAAGAAUUACUACAUAUUUUGAUUGCGGUGCUGAUAUAAAUACAUAGCAGUUGUUGGCAUCACUGGAAAUAAAGACUGUAUCCUAUAUGUAUGAAUAUGUACAUAAAUUAUGUAUGCAUGUAUAUGCACAUAGUAUGUAUUUAUAUAAGGAGCUAGUGUUGAUCUGUAUACAUUGAUUCCUGGUAAUAACUGAUCACAUGUACAAAAUGUCAAAACUUAUUUUAGUGGAUGAAUAAAGUUUCAUCAAAAUCAAAAUAAAUCAAUUUACAAACACAUUCCCUCAGAAUUGUUUUAUUUGUAUUACAAAUCACUUUUGAAAUUCUUGGAAAUACGUUGUAUUUAUCUUUUUAAUUAGCGAAACCCAAUAGCAUCUACAUAUUUGUAAGCGCUGAGGACCUUGUUUCC